UUAAGAGAUACCAUUCUGUUUAGAUAGAGCUGCACGAAUUGCCUCUUUGCAUAUCCGGGGACUAUUAUGCAUUUCAUGAAAAUCUUCAUUUUUCAGAGGCUUGCUUCACUGGGCAGCUUUGGGUCCUUCGACAGUAAAUCAAUGUAUGGAAUGCUUUUCAUGAUUCAUUUCAAAAUGGUUCUCCAGCUUUUUAUGGAAAUUCGUUUCAUGAGACUUGUUGUUUGUACUGUUACGCUGCCUGUACGUGAACUGGUCCAGGAGGGACCGGUCCAGCAUCCUCCAACCGCCGGGCUGGCCGGAUGCUUCCACGAGGAAGACUCGAGCGGCGGGUUGCUCCGACAGAAUAAGGAAAGGAGCAGGGUGCUGCGAUAGAAAAAGGAAGACAACAAAAGAGAUCCAUGAGGGCCUUAAUCACAUAUUCAAGGAAAAAAUUAAAAGUGUUUUGGAGGAAAAGCUUGGAAGGAAAGCUUUUGAAAUACCGAGAGAGAAUUCUAUUAAAUGGAGUAACAUUGAGUUUUUUUUUUUAAUGCAUAUUUUAUUGUGGCUGCUAUUUUAUUUCUUUUUGUGAUGUUUCCAGCAAUGUCUGGGGUGCGGGAGAUUCGAUCCAUCUCUCGAAUAGUAGAGUAAUCUUGU